CCUAAAAACACACACACACAACGCAACAAACCUCUUUUUUCACUUUCAUUUCUAUUUCCACACAACAACACAUCGGAGAGAGAGAGAAAGCAAAUUAACAUUUCUCCGAUGGCGGCGAACCCCAACAACAACAGAUCCGAUCACGACUCAGACAACAACAACAACAACAACAACAACACACGUCUCUACAACCCUUACCAAAACUUCGAGGUCCCGAUAAAGUCCCAGUACCUCUACAAGCUCCCCACCUCCCCCGAGUACCUCUUCGCCGAGGAGUCUCUCAAGCAGCGCCGCUCCUGGGGCGAGAACCUCACCUUCUACACCGGCACCGCUUACCUCGGCGGCUCCGUCUCCGGCGCCGCCGUCGGGAUCUUCUCCGGGGUCAAGAACUUCGAAUCCGGCGACACCACGAAGCUGAAGAUCAACAGGAUCCUCAACUCCUCGGGUCACACGGGUCGGACGUGGGGUAAUCGGGUCGGGAUCGUCGGGCUGAUGUACGCCGGGAUCGAGAGCGGCGUUGUGGCUGUCAUGGAUAGGGAUGAUGUUUGGACUAGCGUCGUGGCGGGUCUUGGAACCGGGGCGGUUUUUAGGGCGGCGCGUGGGGUGAGAUCCGCGGCUGUGGCGGGUGCUCUCGGUGGGUUGGCGGCUGGGGCUGUGGUUGCAGGGAAGCAAGUUGUGAAGCGGUAUGUGCCCAUAUGAAGAAGAAGAAGAAGAAGAAAGAUUGUUGCUUUUUUGAAAUUUUUGAUAGGGAGAGAGAUGAUGUUCAAUUUGGAAUCAUAAAAAUGAAAACUUUGAAUAACAAAAUCUUUUUUAUUUAUAGAUAUCAAGAAUCGUAUUGGUUCUUUGAUUGUAGUUUCUGAUAAAGAGUUAUUAGUCUUCUUUGCGUAUUGCUAAUGUUUGGGAUCUGUGUGUGUGUUGUAUCAGUCUUGAAAUGAAUCACUCUUCUUUUGUCAAGUUUAUGCCUUUGCU